AUGUAUUACAACAAUUCAAGUUAUGCAGCAAAUACAACUUCGCUGAAUGGAGAGAUUAUCAUAUAUUUAUCGGCGGAAAACAUUUUUGUGUCUAUUUUCGCAAUAGCUGUCACUUUCGUGACGGUCUUUGGAAAUACUUUAGUAGUUCUGGCGGUGCUGACGGAGAGACGACUCAGGAAAGUCUCUAACGUCUUUAUUGUAAACUUGGCAGUUAGCGAUUUGCUUGUUGGAUUAUUCGUAACACCGAUGGCCGCUAUUAGCUACGUCACGGAAUACUGGUCGUUUGGAGUGUUUGUAUGCGACCUUUUUAUUUCCUUGGAUGUAAUCUGCUGUACAGCGAGCAUAUGUAGUCUCUGUGUUAUUAGUAUCGACCGGUACAAAGCUAUCACCCAGCCGCUGAAGUACGCAUUAAAAAGGACGCCUCAACGGGCUGCCGUCAUGGUUGCCAUUGUGUGGUUCGUAGCUCUUGCUGUUGCGCUUCCACCGCUGUUUGGGUGGAGAGAAGACCGUAGUUCCGAAAUCACAGAGUGUUUAAUCAGCCAAGAAGAAUCAUAUACCAUAUACUCAACAGUCGGUGCAUUUUAUCUCCCAUUGUUUAUCAUGGUGGGAGUGUAUCUGAAAAUUUUUCAAGCCAUUAAAAAUCGCAGGAAGAAAUUUCUCGACCACGGAGACGUAUCGACGACACAGGUGCAUUUGACUUCUACGAGCGAUAAGAAUAAACAUUCAGUAAACGCCGAACAGAUGUAUCCAUUAAGGAGGUUGCGUAAAGAGACCGGUGACAGUAAAACAAAAACAGAGGUUGUUCACCCGCAGAUAGGUUACCGAUUAAGCAAACAGCAAAGUUACUCAUUAUUCGUGUCGGAAGAUGAAAUUGAUUCUGACGAUGAUAUGACUGUGAUCCCACUUCCGGAAACGGCACUGACUUGCUCCAACUCAUAUUUGACAACUUUGGCUGCGAUUCAACUCCAGCGUAACCUAACGAUGAGUAACCCGGAUUUAGUUCAGAUAACGGCAAAGAAGGUCAGAAAAAAGGCGUGUUGUGGAAAAGGAAGGCGACCUAAAAAACCGUGCUUGACGCCAGCGCUGCGGAAUCGGCGUUCAAUUUACAACAAACAGGUGUCCUUUGCCAAACAGUUGUCCUUUCGCCUGAAAACAUCGCGCUCGUGUAGCGUUAGUGGCAAGCUGGCCUGUAACGGCAAGGUAAACGUGAAAUUCAAAAGAAAAUACAGAUCACCAAUAAUUGUAACACCUCCCGAACACACUUCACGAAGCUCAUCGUCGCGUGACGCGCGCAUAUCCGUCUCGCAAGAGAAAAAAGCCGCCAAGACGCUAGGGAUAAUCAUGGGAACGUUCAUUUUUUGCUGGCUGCCAUUUUUUAUUAUGGCGCUUGUUCUACCCUUUUGUAAGGAGCAUUGCCAGAAUUUUCCUAUCGUCGUCAUGGAUAUAUUCACGUGGUUGGGAUAUAUGAACUCGGCGCUGAAUCCGCUUAUUUAUACUUUUUUUAAUCUGGAAUUUAGAAAAGCUUUUAACAGAAUUUUAAGAUGUAAAUGUUCUUCAUACUCCUACUGA